AACCGCGGCAGCAGCUAGUGAAACGAAACGGGGUUUUUGGAUGAGGAAGGGUAAGUGCGUCGAACACCUUUUGCACGCGGAAGGAGUGCCCCCAAGUGCAGAUGUUGGCACCGUCGCCCGCCAACAGAACGAUGGUUAACGAGGGGCAGAAGCACAAAAUCAUCCAGGAGUUCCUCAUUCCCGACGAGCUCAAGGACGACAUCGCGUAUUGCCAACGCUCGUUACGGGAUUGCGUGAAAGUGCAUCAGGACUAUGCCGAGCGGUGCAAAAGCUUAGCUACAAAUCAGCAAACUCAGGUAAAGCAAUACCUCUUGGAGCUCGAAGCCGAAAUGUUGGCUAUCGGCAGGGAACAGAGUGGCCUGGUGCAGGAUCUUACGCGGCGCUUAAAGCUCUUCCAGCAACGCACCGCGAACGAGCGGCGUGUCGAGCUUGGCGAUGACCUUGCCAAUGGUUACGUCGCGUGGCUGCUGUCCAACCAUUGCGAAAUUCAGUGCAACUUCUCCUCCACGCCACACAAGGUAACGGAGCGUUUGAGCGAAUCGCAGUUGUAUCAAAAAUAUCGGCUGGAUCCGAUCAUAAAACAGGAGCCCGGAGAGGAUCCCGCACCGCACCCGUCCGAAGCGGCCAAACCAUCGGAGAAAAAGCUCCGCAAGAGACCAGUAUUGCAGACCUCGUUGCUGAAACCGCAGCCCGAGUGUCCCGUGGUGGUCGAUGGCGAGGAACUCAAACACUCCCUGUCGCCGCCGGUCACACCUCCGACGCCACCACCACUGCCACCUCCGCUAGGAGUAACAAAAGCUACCGUGGCUCCCGGAACACCGGUUGGAAGCAGUAAACGUAAAACGAUCGAAGCACCCGUUGAGCUCAAAAACCUACGAUCCCGGUCAGUCAAUGGAGGCGUAGCACCGAAGGCGAAGCCGAUGCUACAACCUGCUGAAACUGUCGAGCGUGCGAGUUCCGAGGAACAGAUACCACCGACGGACACUGUGCUCGUUACGGCUGCCAUGAAGCGUAGCCGCAAUAUUCUGCAUCAGGCACUGAACAAAGCCAAAAUUACUCAGAAAGUAAGUCCACCCAGUUCGGCCACAAAAAGUAAUCGUGGCUCCCGUGGUGGUACGGCAGCGAUCGAACAGAAUCAGCAGCGGGGAGUGUCCGUGUCUUCCGAUUCAUCCAAUUCGCGAUCCUCAACGCCAGGAUCGUCUCAGUCUCUCAAUGGAAGCAAAAGUAUCCGACCUGUGGAACUGGCUACCGUAAGCUCGGAUGACUCGUCGAACGAACGGUUCCUACCACUGGAAGAGUGUUGUCCACCGCCUCCCGAAAACAUCCACGAGUGGGAUCAGUACACGUUUCUGAAGCUCUACGGUCUGUACACGCUCGAGGACAGUAAGUUGUUGAAGGAACGCAAAAAUGAACGAAAACGGCGCAGCUGCUGCAGCACGGAGCGAAAAGAAUUCCAUUACGGCCGGUACGAUCAUUUCGAGCAACAGUACUACGUACUGCAAAGCAAGCGGCGUCCCAAUGGCAACAAGCGGCCUGCUCUAUUGUAUACCUCUACGUCGGCGGAAAAGUGCGGAAAGAAGCGCAGCGGUAGUUCCUGGCCGGCCGUGCCUUCAACGACUGCCUCACCACCUCCACCACCA